AUGUCAAGGCCUGUUGAGAGAAUAGCAGAGAUCAACGAUGGAAAAGAGCUUUGGAAGAUUGUUGUUAGGAUUCACCACAGAUGGAAUGUUGUGUCCAACAACAAGGAACAUUUUGAAAUGAUCUUUGUUGACAAAUUGGGAGAUGAUAUUCAUGCUGUUGUUCCAGCACCACAUGUGUCGGUGUUCACCGAAAAAUGCCUAUUAGGGCAUACUUAUGUUGUAUCUAAUUUUAAGGUGGUGCCUUAUGUUCUGGCGUUCAGGGCAUCGGGACUCAAAUAUAUGAUUAAGUUUACUGCUGGAACCAACAACAUGUUGAACUGUACUCUGUGGGAAUCAUACGCGGAUCAGUUCAUCAGGUUUAACAAAGUUAGGGUUGCUGCAUCACUCCCUACAGUUGUGUUGCUUCAGUGUGCCAAAGUGAAAGAAGAAGGAAAGUAUCCUCUGUCGGUGACAAACACCUACAAUGUGACCCUUUUAUGUGUUGGUGCUGAUUUUCCUGUCAUGAAAGACUUUAUUGAUAGAAUGCCUGAGGAGAGCCGGGUAACCCUGUCUGAUCAACUCGGAGGGAAUUCCCAAUAUUCCUCCCAGAGUUCUGAAAAUCAACAGUUGACUCAUGUGCAAAAAUUGUUCUCAAAGGCUGUUGUUUUACCUAUUGCUGAGAUUAUUCAACUUACGGAUAUUACAUUUUGUGCUAUUGUCGCUACAACAAAAUUAUUAGUCGCGUCUCCAUUUGGAUGGUACUAUCGUGCUUGUCAUAUGUGUCAAUCUAUAGCGCGUGGGGACAGCCCCCCAUUUGAGUGUGAAGCUGGUCAUGAAACCAUGGCUGAAGUCCUUAGGUAUAAGAUUGAGAUUGAGGUUACUCAUGGGGGCAAAAGCUUCAAUUUUGUCUUCUGGAACAGGGAAUGUGAAAUGCUUUUGGGUUUAUCUGCAUCCCAACUUCGUAACACUAUGAUUCAGCAGUAA